ACCCGCAGCGCCAGAACAAUCUUCGGAGCGCCUUUCUCGCCUCGGUCGUUCCUUCUGCCGGCAAAUAUCAACACCUCUUUCCUGCUAACAUCGGCGUGAGAGCAUCUCCCUCUCUGUUAACAUCAACCUCUUUCCGGCACACAGCAGCUUACCGCCGUUGACAUCCUCAUCUCCUCCGCCAUGAAGACCGCCCCGCUCGCCGCCCUCUUGUUCAACGUUCUGCUCAUGGCCGCGGCCGCCCUUGCCCUUCAGACGGCCUGCACCUCCUGCCCCACAGGCUUUGUCUGUCUGGGUGGGGCAUGCAUGGAAACCCCCGAGCACGCAAAUGCCACCACCGUCCCAGUCUCUCUCUCGACCUCGGCCCUCCCCGCGACCAGUGCAACUCCCAGUGCAAGCGCUGUGCCUUCCGCCAAGGCAUCAGACUCCGUGCGCUCGCAGACCACCGGGGCCGCUGCCGUCGCUCUCCUGCUGUUUGUCGCAACAGCCCUGCUCGUUUUGUAGCUGGCCUAUGAACCGGGAUAUCCGCCUCUCGGGUCCGCAGGGCGAUGGGCAAUCCAUUGAUGGACGAACAUCAACGGAGAACUGUAAGCGACGGAGCGGAUAAUCGAGAUUCGUUUCAUUUUGUGAGCGCCUCAGGCUGUAUUGAACCCCCAUUACCUCAUACAAUAUAUAUAUACGUAUAUAUA